AUGGAUUGCGUUUUGAUUGGUGUUGUGAUGGGUGUAAUGUUGUUGGGUUUAAGGUGGUUUGUAUACCUCCAGGGGCCAUGGAAACGACUCCCUCCGGGACCCAGACCCCUCCCGAUCAUCGGAAACAUUUACCAACUAGGUAAAAAUCAGACCGAAACACUGAGACAGCUGGCGAAAACGUACGGCCCUCUGAUGUCGAUCCGCAUAGCCAGCGUGUACACGGUGGUGGCGUCCACACCGGAGAUGGCCAUGGAGAUCCUCCAACGCCACGGCCAGGUCUUCUCCUGUCGGACCGUCCCCCAUGCGAUGGAUGUAGGCGGCUUCAGCAAGUUCAGUAUUUUCUUCGGUCCGGCCGGGAAGGAGUGGCGCGACAAGCGCAAGAUGUGCAAGGAGAUUCUGUUCUCGGAACGGUGCCUCGAAGAAAGCGAGGCCCUUCGCCAGGAGAUGCUGCAGAAGCUAGUGGAUCACGUCGGGGGCCACUGCGACCGAGGGGAUGUGGUCAACAUCCACGAUGCGGUAUUCAUGGCCAACCUCAACCUCUUGCUCACCACCAUCUUCUCCAUCACCUCCCCGGAUACCGCCAUGGAGUUGAUGAUGAUCAUGGAAGAUUUUUUCUCCUUAUUUGCUCCCAAUAUCACUGACUACUUCCCCAUUCUCAAAGUCUUGGAUCCGCAGGGGAUGAAGCGCAAGGCUGAGUUAAGCUUGGGUAAACUCUUGGCCAAAUUUCGUGAUUUUCUUAACCACAGGUUGGACCACAGAAGGGUAAACUAUAAUUACUCUAGUCAUAUGUCUAACUCAAGGGAAACACGAGCUGAUGAAGCUAAACAAUCACAUAUAGCGGAAGUAUGA